CGUUUACCAGUACCCACCGGUUUGAGGUUUUUUUGUUUCCAGAACUUGCCUCGUCUCUCCCUAUCUUCUUUCCCAUGUAUCCGAGAUCCCGAAUUUUUCCGGCGAGGCUUCUCCAUGGCAAUAUUUUCCCAGGAACCAAACGGGCCAUUAGUCCCUUCUCCUCCGGCGACACGUCGGAGCCACGUUUUACGGAGCUCAUAUCGAAGCAACACUGGUCAAAGCUCAAACCCCAUCUCAAAAACACCAGUCCAAGCACACUUCUUCAGCAUUUGCUCAAUUCAAUGGCAGAUCCGGAUCUCACUCUCAGGUACUUUAAAUGGUCACAGAAGGAGUUUAAUCUUUCCCACCCCAUGGAGUCGACUUUUAGACUUUUACAUUCAUUGGCAAACCAUAAGAAGUACUCAAGAAUGAGAUCCCUUUUGAAUGGUUUUGUCAAGAGUGGGAGUAGCAUCUCAAUUCAUUCAAUUUUUCAUGCUAUAUCUAUGAGUGGUGAUAGUUUUUGUGCUAAUUCCAUUAUUGCUGAUAUGUUGAUUUUGUCUUAUGUUUACAACAUGAAAACCCAUUUGGGGUUUGAGGCGUUUAAGAGAGCUGGAGAUUAUGAGUUUAGGUUGUCGGUGCUAUCAUGUAAUCCUUUGUUGAGUGCUCUGGUGAAGGAAAGUGAAGUUGGAGAUAUGGAGUAUGUUUAUAAGGAAAUGAUUAGGAGGAGGAUUGAGGGUAAUGUGAUUAGUUUUAAUAUUGUGAUUAAUGGGUUGUGUAAAGUUGGGAAAUUGAAUAGGGCAAGUGACCUUAUUGAGGACAUGAAGGCCUGGGGGAUUUCACCUACUGUGAUCACAUAUAACACACUUAUUGAUGGGUAUUGCAAGAAGGGGAGGAUUGGCAAAAUGUACAAAGCUGAUGCUGUUUUGAAGAAAAUGAUAGCAAGUAAUGUUAGGCCUAACGAGAUUACUUUCAAUAUAUUGAUUGAUGGGUAUUGUAAGGAUGGGAGUAUCUUGAGUGCAAUGAAGGUGUUUGGGGAAAUGCAAAAUCAAGGUCUAAAACCCAAUGUGGUUACAUAUAAUUCCUUGAUUAAUGGUUUGUGUUGUGAGGGGAGGCUUGAUGAAGCUAUUAGUCUACAAGAUGAAAUGGUAAGCUUGGGAUUAAAGCCAAGUAUUGUCACUUACAAUGCUCUUAUUAAUGGGUACUGUAAGAGGAGUAUGGUAAAGGAAGCUAGUGAUUUAUUUGAUGACAUUGCAAGACAAGGGAUAGCUCCUAGUGCCAUAACAUAUAAUAGCUUGAUUGAUGGUUAUUGUAAGGAUGGGAGGAUGGAAGAUGCAUUUGGACUACAUAAAUCCAUGAUGGAGAGGGGGAUUUCUCCUGACGUUUCUACCUACAACUGCUUAAUUGGAGGUUUAUGCAGGGAGGGAAACAGAAAGGGUGUGAGAAAGCUUGUGGAUGAAAUGCUAAAUAAAGGUUUGAGAGCUAAUGUUAUAACAUACAACAUAUUGGUAGAUGCAUUGUGCAAGGAAGGAGAGUCAAGAAAGGCAUCAAGACUCUUGGAUGAGAUGGUAAAGAAGGGUUUGAGCCCAAAUCAUGUGACAUUCAAUACAUUGAUGGAUGGCUAUAUUAGGGAGGGAAACCUUAAGGCUGCAUUGAAUCUGAGAACACGGAUGGAGAAAGAAGGGAAGCAGGCAAAUGUUGUAACCUACAAUGUUCUGAUCAGUGGUUUCUGUAAGAAGGGUAAAUUGGAAGAUGCAAAUGGGCUUCUUAAUGAGAUGCUAGAGAAGGGAUUGAUCCCAAAUCGAACAACGUAUGAAAUAAUUAAAGAGCAAAUGAUGGAUAAAGGCUUUGUUCCAGACAUAGAAGGGCACCUUUAUAGCAUCUCAGCCUACUCAUAACUCUAUGAAGACAACCUGAUUGGUAUUACCUUGCUCUGGAUCUCAAUGUAACUUGGCUUGUUAGACUUGCAGCACGUUCAGUGGGUCACUGUUUGACUAAUUAUAGAAUCUAGCUUGCUGUUCUCUCAUGAGGAAGACCACAACACACUCCACAAGUCCUUGGAGCUCGUUAUUUCUUUCUUACUCAGGUGGCCAUGUUGCUGUUAAAAGAAAGCAUUAAAAGAAAAUGGAAAUCAGAGAGGAGUCAAUGGUAGAAACAGUCAUGAAAGAGUUGAAAUGGUCAGUCACAAACAACAUGAUUAGCUCUUCAAAUUGAGACCUUUAUCAUAUGUUAAACUUGCAAAGGGAAGAAAGAUUGAGGACUUCGUAAACUAUUAAAUUCAGAUGGCAGCAAGUGGUAUUAUAUCAUCUAUGCCAUGCAGAACAAUCUGGGAACCCAAUGAGAUUCAGCUGCAGAAGAGGUUACCUUACUAACCUGUUCCAACAAAAGGUCGUCAGCAGUUCAAAACUUCAAAUGCCUAUGAAUCCCCAUUCUGUGAAAGCUUUGAUGCCCAAGAAGUUCUGAUUUCUGAUGAAUAAGUUUGUUCAUUUUUAUGAUUUUUUUCCUCUUUUUUUUUGGCUAAAUGUAGAUGCAAUUUGAGGUAUAGGCAAUUCAUAAAUUUUUUGUGUGGAUGUACUUUAGCAACCAAGGAUACUUCCCUAAAAAUUAUUGAAUUAAAGGAGCAAUGUAAAUUGAAGCCGUGUGGUUCAUUGAAUAGCUCUUCCAUGAAAAUAAAGUAGACUAAAUGGG